AUGAUUUUGGUGUUGGCUUCCCUCUUCGCUGUUCUCAUUCUUAAUCUUCUUUUAUGGAAAUGGCUCAAGGCUUCAGCAUGUAAAUCCCAAAGGCUUCCUCCAGGCCCACCAAGGUGGCCGAUUUUAGGUAACCUUCUCCAAUUGGGCCCUUUACCUCACCGGGACUUGGCUACUCUCUGUGAUAAGUACGGCCCAUUAGUCUACCUCCGACUCGGGAGUAUAGAUACCAUCACAACGAACGAUCCCGAUACCAUCCGAGAGAUUCUCUUCCGACAGGACGAUGUUUUUGCAUCUAGGCCAAAAACACUCGCCGCAGUCCACCUAGCUUAUGGAUGUGGGGACGUGGCAUUAGCGCCAAUGGGUCCGCAUUGGAAAAGAAUGAGGAGGAUAUGCAUGGAACACCUACUUACAACCAAAAGGCUUGAAUCUUUUACUACCCAAAGGGCCGAGGAAGCUCGGUAUCUUAUACAAGAUGUCUUAGAACGAGCCGAAUCCGGAAAGCCAAUAAAUCUAAAGGAAGUAUUGGGUGCUUUCUCUAUGAACAAUGUGACUAGAAUGCUACUAGGGAAACAAUUCUUUGGACCUGGAUCUCUAGUGAGUCCAAAAGAAGCUCAAGAGUUUAUGCAUAUAACUCAUAAAUUGUUUUGGCUGUUGGGUGUUAUUUACUUGGGAGACUACUUGCCGUUUUGGAGAUGGGUGGAUCCGUCCGGAUGCGAGAAAGAAAUGAGGGACGUGGAGAAGCGUGUUGACAAGUUUCAUACUAAGAUCAUCGACGAGCACCGAAGGGCAAAACUGGAAAAUAUAGAUAAUAAGGGAGCAUUGGAUUUUGUCGACGUUUUGUUGUCUCUACCUGGUGAGAACGGGAAAGAACACAUGGAUGACGUUGAAAUUAAAGCUCUAAUUCAGGACAUGAUAGCGGCUGCUACAGACACGUCAGCAGUCACAAACGAAUGGGCAAUGGCCGAAGUCAUAAAGCAACCACGAGUCAUGCGUAAAAUUCAAGAAGAGCUCGAUACUAUCGUGGGUUCCAACCGAAUGGUCGACGAAUCCGAUCUUGUCCAUUUAAACUAUCUACGCUGCGUAGUACGAGAGACGUUCCGAAUGCAUCCAGCCGGGCCGUUUUUAAUCCCUCACGAGUCCGUCCGACCAACAACGAUCAACGGCUAUUACAUCCCAGCAAAGACACGUGUCUUCAUCAAUACACAUGGAUUGGGCCGAAACACUAAGUUGUGGGAGGACGUGGAGGUUUUUAGGCCCGAACGACAUUGGCCCGUUGACGGUAGCGGACGAGUUGAGAUAAGCCACGGAGCGGAUUUUAAGAUAUUGCCGUUUAGUGCUGGUAAGAGGAAGUGCCCCGGAGCUCCAUUAGGUGUGACGAUGGUGCUUAUGGCUUUGGCUCGGCUCUUUCAUUGCUUUGAUUGGUCUUCACCUGAAAAUAUUGAUACUGUAGAAGUUUACGGCAUGACUAUGCCUAAGGCUAAACCAUUAUGGGCUAUUGCUAAGCCACGAUUGGCAGCUCAUCUGUACACUUAG